GCAAACACUUGGGAUUUCGACAACCUCACAACCCAAUGGGUUAGCUGUUCCAGAUGCUAGCAUGUUUCCAGUUAACCAACCCAAUGACGUGUUGGACCUAAUGAAUAUUGGAUUAAAGAGCAGAGCGAAAAGCUCAACUGCCAUGAACGAAAGAAGCAGUCGUUCACACAGCAUUUUAACGAUUCAUGUGAAAGGGACGGAUAAGAAGAGCGGGUCAACAAUGCGCAGCAGCCUUCAUCUAGUAGAUCUUGCUGGAAGUGAAAGGGUUGACAGGUCGGAGGUAACUGGCGAUAGAUUGAAGGAGGCACAGCAUAUAAACAAGUCUUUAGCUGCCCUUGGAGAUGUCAUUUCUGCUUUGGCAACAAAAAGUCCUCAUAUCCCAUACAGAAACAGCAAGCUCACUCAGGUUCUUCAGAGCUCCUUAGGUGGUCAAGCGAAGACCCUUAUGUUUGUGCAGUUGAAUCCUGACUGUGUUUCGUAUUCUGAAUCCUUGAGCACAUUGAAAUUUGCUGAAAGGGCUUCGGGAGUAGAGCUUGGGGCUGCUAAGAGCAGUAAAGAGGGUAAGGAUGUCAGGGAAUUGAUGGAGCAGGUAGCAACUCUCAAGAGCACAGUAGCAGCAAAAGAUGAUGAGAUUGAGAAAUUGAAGCUAGUGAAGGAUCCCACAAAUGUGAAGGCUUAAUUGCUCUGUGCCCCUCACAAUUUAGAGGGUUGGGAUGUUUUUCUGCAAAUAGAAAAUCUCGUGAAGAAAGAGUGCCUUUUGGCACUUUAUCAGCACAAGCAGCAAAGCAAAAGGUCGGAUCAAUCACUUCACAUUAUCCGGGAAACUCAAUCUGGCAUGAGCCUUCAACAUGAACCAUUGGCAUCAUUUUCUUAGCUACAAAAAUAAAAGUAAAAAUAUUGUUAAAUAAUACUCCCUCCGUUCUAAAAAACAAUUCCUCUUUCAUUUUUUCUACUUCCAACAAAACACUUUCCCUUUCUAUUAAAAAACCACUUUUAUCCUUACUUUUUCAUACCCUACCUAUCACAUCAUACUUUUUCUCUAAUAAUCUAUCCAUCACAUCUUACUUUUAUCCAUCACAUCAGGGGCAAAAUUGGAAAUCAACUACUCCCUCCGUCCGGAAUUGAAGUACCCAUUUUGACUUUUGGUCAUUUUUAUUGGAUGUUGACUUUGGGAUGGAAAUGUCCACAAUACCCUCCUCAUCCUUUCCUGUUAUCCAUUCCC